GGAUAUACAAUUCAAUGAAGGUUCUUGGAUAAGGUCUACUGAUUCUCAAGAAAGAAUCGACUAUGUACCUUCUUUAUUAGAAAAGAAUCUUACGUUUGCUCUGCUAUUAAUGAAAAUACUAAAUGAAUAUUUCAUUAAUUUCUUUUUAUUCUCUAUUUAUAUAUUAAAGACGAACAAAGAAAAUGAAGGACCAUCAACUACCAAACAUAGGCAAAUCUAUGAGCGGACUCCACCUCCACGAAGCAAGGCAAAGUCUUUUGACGACUAUGUAGACGGAAGAAAAGUAAAUGAAGAGAGUGUCAACAGUUUUGAAUCAAAUAAGAGUAGAAAUUUUGAUCAUAGGAUCGGAAAUUAUGAACGUCAUUUUGACGAGAAUGAAUCCCCUCAGGCCUGGAAGAUUGUCCGCUGUGGUUACAAAAUUGCACGUUCUAAAUGGUGCAGUGUUGAGGAAUAUGAAGAAAUCAAACAAUACACAAAACGACUCAAUAUUUUUGAUCCACCAGAGCUUGUUUCUAGACUUUUAAAACUAAAAUCGUUCGAAUCUUUGGGUAAAUAUAUAAAAGAAAUACAAAUUUCUGAAAAACUUAAUAAUGAUCAAUGA